AUGUCUGCUCAACGAUUUUUAGAUCGUACCUCUAAAGGCAUCGGAGUUCUCAACGCCGCACCAGUUUACGAAAGUUUACCGGGUUUUGUGAGGCCGGAAGGCAAUCUCAGAUGUUGCACGUACUCCCCCGAUGGUAGAUUCUUUGCUUGGGCGUCACCUGAACAAGUUUCAGUCGUUGACGCAUCGCUUGGACACAUCGUCACUACACUUCCCGCGCAGAAUGUAUUCGAGCUCGGAUUCUCGCCCAAGGGUACAUUCAUAAUAACUUGGCAACGACCUGGUAAAGAUGAGGAUGGAAACGCAAUCAAGAAUCUCACAGUAUGGCAAACCGUGGAUCCCAAUGCCGGUUCCGAGGGCCAGCGAGAUUCGGUGGGAAAGUUUGUGCAACGAUCUCAGACCGGUUGGAAUCUUCAGUACACUCCUGACGAGAAAAUAUGUGCUCGCACUGUCACAAAUGAGGUCCAAUUCUAUCAAAGUGGAGAUCUAGGCACUGUCUGGAAUAAGCUGCGCGUGGAAGGACUCACAGAUUUUGCGCUAUCCCCGGGCAAGAGCCAUUCAGUUGCUGUUUUUGUUCCGGAGCGCAAGGGAUCCCCUGCAGCCGUGAAAGUGUUCAACGUGCCUCAAUUUGUUACGCCAGUCUCGCAGAAGACAUUCUUUAAGGGAGACAAGGUCCAAUUCAAGUGGAACGAUCCAGGCACAAGUCUUAUUGUUGUCGCACAAACUGAGGUAGACAAGUCUAACAAAAGCUACUACGGAGAAAGCAACAUGUACAUCCUCAGUGCCAAUGGGGCAUUCGACUCUCGAAUUACACUGGACAAAGAGGGCCCCAUUCAUGAUGUAACAUGGUCACCAAACGGGAAAGAAUUUGGUGUUAUAUAUGGAUUCAUGCCUGCGAAGACGACCAUAUUCAAUUCACGAGCGGUCGCACAGCAUCAUUUCAACCUCGGACCUCGCAAUACCAUCUUGUUUUCGCCUCAUGGGCGAUUUGUCAUCGUGGCCGGAUUCGGAAAUCUGGCUGGACAGAUGGACAUAUAUGACCUGGAGAAGGAUUAUGCCAAGAUCACGACGAUUGAGGGAAGCAACGCUAGCGUGUGUGAGUGGAGCCCAGAUGGGAAACAUAUCUUGACUGCUACUACGAGCCCUCGUCUACGCGUGGACAAUGGGAUCAGAAUGUACCACGUCAGUGGCGCAUUGAUGUAUAAUGAGGAUAUGCACGAGCUUUACCAUGUUGUGUGGCGGCCUCAGACCAUUCAGGAGCAGCCUCUGGGAGAUCCUAUGAACCCAAUCCCGACUCCUCAUGCUUCAGCUGUAGCUUACCUGGGAACCCGAAAAACACCCUCGAAGCCAGCCGGAGCUUACCGUCCACCGGGAGCCCGUGGUACAAGCACACCUCUGCACUUCAAGCGCGAGGAUGAAGGCGGUGCUGCGUUUGUCAACAACGGGAUCGCCUCAACUAGUGGUGGUGUGAAUGGAUUUGGCAAGAACCGCCGCCGAGAAGUGCCAGGAGCCGAGUCUGCCGAAGCCCUCCCCCCUGGUGCCGCACCCGGUGGAGGUGUCAGCCUUGCUGGUCAUGAUGGCGACGAGGCUCUUUCGAAGGCCGCCCUGAAGAACAAGAAGAAGCGGGAGGCGAAGAAGGCGAAGGAGGCCGCCGAGAAAUCACAAGGUCUCACUGCCGACGGCGACAUUCCAACUGGUCCGAAUCGUAGCCCUGAGCGCCGUGACAGACAACAGCGCAGCAGAUCAAAGAGCGACUUUGACCGUCGUAGCCAGUCCAACAGACGUAAUCAUUCGAACAGUAGGAAUCCUGCCCACCAACGAGGCAAACCUUCACAUUCGCGCAUCUUCACAAAUAAUGAUGAGAAUCGAGCUACGCCACCUGUUGCUGCGGCUCCUCCUCCUGACUUGACUGUAACUUCUCCUGGCGGCGGAAGCCCCCACGAAAAGAAAGUCCGAGCCUUACUGAAGAAGAUUCGAGCCAUUGACGACCUGAAGAUGCGCCAGGCAGGAGGCGAAAAGUUAGAAGAUACGCAAGUGAAGAAGAUCACAACCGAGUCGCAGAUCCGAAAGGAGCUGGAGGGUUUGGGCUUUAGAGAGUAGAAGAGAUGCUCUUGGGUAGCCUUGGUGCCGUUGACAGGCUCACCCGUGGUGCGCUGCUUUGUGUAGUCAUGAAGGUUCACAGCGCUGGCGACUGUUGUAUAGCCAAAAAAUCAGGUUGA